AUGGGGCAGUCCGAGAGCCUGUCGCCCGAGGCCAUUCGGCAGUGGGCGAGCCGGGCUGUCCCGGCCCCGCUGGAUCUGAACCCGCUCCCGGACGAGCUGCUGGCGCUGAUCCUGAGCUGGGUCCCGGGCCGCGUCCUGGUGACCCGCUGCCGGCUGGUGUGUCGCCGCUGGCGAGACCUCAUCGACGGGCCCACGGUCUGGCGGCUGCAGGGCGAGAGGCGCCCGGGCUUGCGGGCCACCCUGGCGGCCGCCCGCCUCUGCCUCCCGCCGCAGUGGAGCCGGAUCUGCCUCCUGGAGCCCUUCGGGCGCAACCUGCUCCGGAACCCCUGCGGGCAGGAUCAGUUCAGUCACUGGCAGGUGGAUCAUGGGGGCCAUGGCUGGAAGGUGGAAGAGAACCGCUGCCCGGUCGAGGGCGCCCCGGCCCAGACCUGCUUUGUCUCAUCCUUUCAGUGGUGCAUCAAAUCGCAGCUCGUAGAUCUUCUAAAGGAGGGGUUGUGGGACGAACUGCUGGAUACCUACCAACCGGAAAUCUACAUCUCCGAUUGGUGGGGCGCCCGGGAAGACUGUGGCUGUGAAUACUCCAUCUGCGUCAGGCUCCUGGCUGCCAACAGAAGUACUGUAAUUGCUGAAUUCCAAGCCAACCCCGAUCCCAUACAACAGUGGAACGACGCGCAGUAUCACCAGGUGUCCUACCGGUUCAGGCAGUACGGGCGCGGCGUCCGGUAUGUGCAUUUCCUCCACAGAGGGAAGGACACUCAUUUCUGGGCAGGACACUACGGCGCACGGAUCACCAACUCCACAGUCAUGGUGAAGCUCAGCUGAGAGCCCGGAGCGGGUCUCCACGAAUCUCUCACGCGAGCCGGAAUGAUGAUCCCCAUUUGCCUCUGCGAGCUCCUCUCCCGUCCGAGAACAAAUCAGGGGGAUGCGUCUCCUUGAAAUUAAUACGCCCCUUUGCCUGAGGAGCGUCUUCGCUCCGUUCUUUCUGGCCAGCCUCGUCCUGCGCAGGACCAAAGAGCACCGUGGAGAAUCUUUAGGUUCCUAGUGCCUGACUUCGGUCAGUGUGACCCUGCCCCUGCACGGCAGAAGCAACAAGACAUUAAAGAUGGAAACGACUGG